AUGCCUCCGCGCCGCGAGAGGAAGACAUGGAUGCUGCCUGCCGCUCCCGGUCCCUCGCUGCGGCAACGCGUGGAGCAGAAGGAGCGCGAGGCGGGUCUACGGUGCUACGAUCCCUCGUGUGGCAUUGGCCCCUCUGACGAAGAUCCCAUCCCUGAAAUAGUGGUCGAGUCCAUGAAACAGCUCUCCAUACAUCCAUUAUCGCAUCCUGGAGAAGGAUCUUUGUGCGCGCAUACAUUCCACCCUGCGUGCUUGGUUAGUGCGGAACGGGUUGCUGGAUGGGGUGUUGAAGAUAAAGCGGAGCCGUACGUGGAGGUGUCGUGCCCAGUGUGCCGUGAUUUGGGAUCCGUUACGAGGGAGGAGUGGGAGGAGGGCGUAUCGGCUCUCUGA